GGAAUUCGGGAGAGAGCUCUAUCAUUCAACUAUUAUAUCACCGCUCCGUAAAAAGAGUCAUUAAAAGCCAACGUCCGACACGGUCGUCUCGUCAUUACAUUUCGGAAACAUCUCUCAGUAAGACACACAAGACACCCUAUUCAACUAAAAUGGAAAUCACACCCAAAACAACCCGUGCGCUGCUGAUGCUGCUGGUGGCAUCCAUUCUGAUAGCUAAAAUUGAAUGUGCCCCAUCCCAGCAGCGAAUGGCCGCCGAAGACAGCUUGAAGCAUCUCACCAGAAGUGAUCUUGUCCGGCUUUUCCAAGAGGAUGCCAAGUUUGGUUCGUCUAGCCACAGCCACAGCCUUGACAAGAGCUCGGAAGAAUUGAGAUAUCAGCCAGUGCCGUACACUCCGGUGUUUACGGCGGGCACCGGUGCCGUCCCCGGUGCAACAGUUCCACAACCUUAUUAAGAAAAAAAUGUUAGUGCGACCUGGUGAAUUAUAUUUUUUUAGUGCUAUUCAUAAGCUGAAGUGGAAAUGUAACAUGCAAUUUAGCGAUAAUAUUUGAAAAAAAUAUGAAUAAAAUUUCUUUGAGAAGGAAAGGA